AUGGUAGAAAAUUCGUGCGUAUAUAUAACUCUCAGUCGAUUCAGUAUCGACAAGCAAUUAUAUAAUACUCCGCUGUCGAUGGAUCCAAAUUUGGCAGGUGAACCGGAGCCAGGUCUGAUCAGUGGUAUCAGACGAGAAGUUGGCAAAAUUGAAGGUGAAUUUCGCGACAUUGAACGAAAUCAUGAACAACGUGAAGCUGACAAAUACGAAAAUCGAGCUGAACGUUAUGCGGAAAAAGAAAGUGAAGAUUUCAAUCAAGGACGUUUUCCAUAA